UCGUAAAUCGGUUUCUGAGUAUGACAGGAAUGCAGUAUCGAGAGAUUGCUAAAAAAAGGUGGCAGCUCUCAGUGAGACUUUACUACAGAGUUAUGGAAGCCAUGCUGAAAUCGGAGGAAGAGAGACUUUCAAUGUCUGAUUUUAGUACUUUGUUACAUAAUGAUACAUUCCACAAGUCCCUAUUGGCUGCUGCCAUAGAAGUUGUCAUGGUUACCUAUGGUGGGUCAUGGAGCUCACCAUUUUCAGCUGACUCACUAGAGUCUGAAAUCUUAUUUCCAUGGAUACUAGAUGUAUUCCAACUGAAAGGCUUUGAUUUCUAUAAGGUUAUAGAGAGUUUUGUGAGAGCUGAGAGUAAACUGACAAGAGAUAUUGUCAAGCACCUACACUUUGUAGAAAGCCAGAUUCUUGAGAGCAUAGCAUGGAAGUCUGAUUCACCGCUAUUUAAAUUUGAUUCUGUUAAAUUAGCAGCUACUACCUCACAGAUAAGUAUUGACAACAGUACUUUGCCCACUACCACAGCCGCUGACAUGUAUCUUUCACCCCUCAGGAGCCGACAUGCACCCCCUUCUCCUCAAUCAAAGGCUAAAUCAAGAGACAGUUCUUUAAGAGGCAGCAUUACAAGCGCUGGUGUUUUCUCGCCACCAGUCAAAAGCUCACUUCAAUUAAUUAAUCAAUCAGGCAAGGAUCAGAGUAGUGGCAGCAGCGUGCCACCACGGUCACAGACGUUGAAUCUGUUUUACAAUAAAGUGUUACGAUUGGCGUACACUAGGUUACAAGCCCUAUGCAAAGAGUUGGUAGUUACGCUUGAUCUGGAGAGGUUUAUAUGGACUACUGUUGAGUAUUGUGUCACUCACAGACCAGAAUUACUUAAAGAUAGGCACCUUGAUCAGGUUAUGUUGUGUUGUAUAUAUGGUGUUUGUAAAGCAGCAGACUCUGAGUUAAGAUUCAAAGACAUCGUGGCUGUUUAUAGGAGAUUAUAUCAAUACUCACAACAUGUUUACAAAUCAGUACUUAUAAAUGGUGAAGAGUAUGACUCUAUCAUAGGUUUUUAUAAUAGAAUAUUUAUGCCGUCCUUAAAGAUGUAUAUACUUCAAUUCCAACCCAAUAGACAGAAGCCUAUGCUCUCACCAGUUCCUACAAAAUGCCAAAGUGGGCUAACCUCCCCCUCCGUGAUUCGUAUUCCCGGCAGAAGUAAUUUCUAUGUGUCACCAAUGAAGGAUUCUCCAUUCAAGAGUCCUCGCCCUAAAAAUGAAAUAUUAUCACCUAGUCAAAUGACGCCAAGAUCAAGAACACUUUACAGCUUUGGUGAGGGACCAGGGUCAGCUGAAAAGUUGAAUAAAAUCAAUGAAGCUAUGAGAGCAGUGAAGCGGGCAUCUGAGCAAAACAAAUCAUUGAAAUCACAGAAAAGGUUGAAAUUUGACCAAGAUGGAUAUUGACCAAUCAGAUUUACAUGCAUUUGAUAGUAAUGGCAUACAAAACAAAUUUGAGAACACUGCCAAUGUAUCGGGAUUGAAUAAUAACAAUGGAACUGCUGCUAUUAUACAAAGAAAACUUGGUGCUAUUGCUGCUGAACGUUCUGCCAAAUCUAACAGUAAAGCAAAGAAGCGCAAGAAGUAAAAUGACUGUUUGGUAAAAUUUCACCAGACCAUCAUGUCAGUUGGGCACCUUGGAACCACACAGAGCAUUCUGUAUCAACAACGCAGUCUGUUUGCAGCAUCUUACUCGCUCAUUUAAGAUGCUUUCUGAAUGAUAUGUGAAUGUGAAAUGUCUGAGGGAGAGUCACUUGAUAUUUAUUCGGUACUAACAAGUGAAAUGAACACGUAACACGCUUGGUCUUUUUGCAGACGCCAUGUACAUUGGAAGCGCUGUGCGCCGGGGUGAAAAAAAAUUGUACAAUAAUGUAAGAGGAACCAUAGCAUUCAUGUUAUACAAUCUUCUAAGAUUUAGGGAGUGAUCAGUGGGGCUUCCUCACUUUUGGCUAUUGAGGGCGCUGUUCAUCCUAAAAUCUAUUUUCAUUAUACACAUUUUUUAUUCAGUGGAG